AUGAAGAAUCAACCUUCAGGAAGAUCGUGGAAGGAUUCUGACAUGGUGGAGGUCGCUCCUCCUAUGGUUGCUUCAAGAGGAUAUGUUGGAGGCUGCGAAGUCUGUCGGGAUUUGAAAACUGCUUCCUCUCCGUUAUCUCGAUCUCCAGGUUUAUUUUUGGCCGCUUGGGUUUCUGAUGAGGACAUGCACGAUGCUUCGAAACAGAAUGCUUCCAGACCCUUCGUUUCUCUUCAAAGUUGGAACCGAGAUGGCAACUUCACGAAGGAUGUUAUAGCAGAGUUUGUGUCAGCCAACAAAGUUCCAUUGGUCAUCAACUUCACUAGGGAAGGCGCUUCACUGAUUUCUGAAAGCUCUGUUAAAACCCAAGUAAAGACCACUCAUUCUUUUGGCUCGGAAAAUGAAUCAGAGAAGCACCUUCCCACUCUGAGUCAGGUGGCAAAGUCCUUCAAAGGAAAGUUUGUGUUUGUUUAUGUGCAAAUGGACAAUGAGGAUUAUGGAGAAGCAGUUUCUGGAUUCUUUGGGGUUACCGGCACUGCCCCCAAGGUUCUUUACACUGGAAAUGAAGAUAUGAGGAAAUUCAUUCUAGAUGGUGAAUUGACCGUGAACAACAUCAAGCCACUCGCGGAAGAUUUCUUAGCAGACAAACUGAAGCCAUUCUACAAGUCAGAUCCAGUACCUGAGAACAAUGACGGUGAUGUUAAGAUCAUUGUGUGGGAAACAAUUUUGAUGAGAUUAUUCUUGGCGAGUCAAAGGAUGUUCUUCUCGAGGAGUAUACAUAAAUCAGAAGAAGAUGUCUUUGUUCUACCUCUAUUUGAAAGUGCUACUCUCUGGGGUGUGUUCCUGGGAUUUUCUUCCAACGCACGUUACCAAAUCAUCAACAGGCUUGAACGGGUCGUGGAAGGUUCUAAAGAUAACUGGGGAAAGAGAAAAAUGUCUAUAAACUAUAAAGAUGUUUGGGACCACGUAAGAUAGAUUGAACUACAAUGAGUUUUUUUUAUAUAUGAAAAAAAAAAGAAACUAAAAAUAUUUGUGUAUAGCCUUGAUAAAGAAAAAUAGAUCACUGUAAUUUUUAUCCAUGACUCUUGCUUUUCGUCA